GAUGGAGCCGCCUCCGUGGGAGCCGGUGCGCAACGACUCGCUGCCGCCCACGCUGAGCCCGGCCGUGCCGCCCUAUGUGAAGCUCGGCCUCACCGCGGUCUACACCGCCUUCUACGCGCUCCUCUUCGUGUUCAUCUACGCGCAGCUCUGGCUGGUGCUGCGCUACCGCCACAAGCGGCUCAGCUACCAGAGCGUCUUCCUCUUCCUCUGCCUCUUCUGGGCCUCGCUGCGUACUGUGCUCUUCUCCUUUUACUUCCGAGACUUCGUGGCGGCCAACUCGUUCAGCCCUUUCGUCUUCUGGCUGCUCUACUGCUUCCCCGUGUGCCUGCAGUUCUUCACCCUCACGCUCAUGAACUUAUACUUCACGCAGGUGAUUUUCAAAGCCAAGUCAAAAUAUUCUCCAGAAUUACUCAAGUAUCGGUUACCCCUCUACCUGGCCUCACUUUUCAUCAGCCUUGUUUUCCUGCUGGUGAAUCUGACCUGUGCUGUGCUGGUGAAGACAGGAACCUGGGAGAGGAAGGUCAUCGUCUCUGUGAGAGUGGCCAUCAAUGACACACUCUUCGUGCUGUGUGCCAUCUCUCUCUCCAUCUGCCUCUACAAAAUCUCCAAGAUGUCCUUGGCCAACAUCUACCUGGAGUCAAAGGGUUCAUCGGUGUGUCAGGUGACUGCCAUAGGUGUCACUGUCAUCUUGCUCUAUGCUUCGAGGGCCUGCUACAACCUGUUCAUCUUGUCAUUUUCUCAGAUCAAGAAUGUCCACUCCUUUGAUUAUGACUGGUACAAUGUAUCAGACCAGGCAGAUCUGAAGAGCCAGCUGGGCGAUGCGGGCUAUGUAGUGUUCGGCGUGGUGCUUUUCGUGUGGGAGCUCUUACCCACCACCUUGGUGGUGUACUUCUUCCGAGUCAGAAAUCCCACGAAGGACCUUACCAACCCUGGGAUGGUCCCCAGCCAUGGAUUCAGUCCCAGAUCUUAUUUCUUUGACAACCCCCGAAGAUAUGACAGUGAUGAUGAUCUUGCCUGGAACGUUGCUCCUCAGGGACUUCAGGGAAGUUUUGCUCCAGACUACUACGACUGGGGACAACAGAGUAACAGCUCCCCGGCACAAGCAGGAACUUUGCAACAAGACUCCACUUUGGAUCCGGACAAAGCCAGCCAAGGGUAGCACCAGGUGCCAGUCCUAUGGAAGAGUCCUCUGUUGAAAACCUUUCAGCCAGACAGACUGGAUGACAGCUGAGUUUUUAGGACACUUUCCUUAUGAAACAGGACUCAGUUUUUUGCCUAUAGCUUUCUUAUGGCUAGAUCGGACUAAGCAAUAAUUUAGAGCGCUAAACCCUUACUUUAGUAUUAGCAGAGAGCCUGGCUAUUUCAGUGGGUAUAAUUUAAACUUAAAAAGAUUCUGUACUUUUAUAAAGAUGUAUUUUAUAUAACUUAAAUACUAAUGCUAAAGUAUACUAGGUUUUUCCUUGAUUGUUAUUGUAAUGUAUGUUGUAGUUUGCACAGAUUUUCAUGCAUAAUUCACUUUAAAACGUAUAGAAUACGUGGUCUAAUAAUUUAAAGCUUUUGGACAAAAGUUUCCUCAAGCCUUACCUCUGAAGGUCACUGAAUGUCACUGUGAUUGUGAGCUCCACAUUGGUAGACUCCUUUUACCUGCCACUCCAGUGUUGAAAGUUAAGAGGAAGCAGAGUGUCACGGUCUGUAUGUCCACGGUAGUAGUUUCUCUUGAACUUUGCCCACAGUCUGGUGCUUCUUCAUCCGAGAGCACUACUAUAAGCACUCCAGUAACAAGUGGAUACUGUCAAGAUGCAGUCACCGACACUACUCAGCCUCCUUGGCUGUGUGUGUAGCCAUUUUGUAUACUUUAGCCCAGUGUAACUGAAUACUCACUACCUCAGUAGGAUGGCAAGAUUGCCUUCCCUGACUCAGCCCUUGCUCGCUAUAGUCAAUGACAAGCCAAGAGGUCUCCACAGAGUGUUAACAAUAAAUAUUUCUGGCCCUCGA